UAUUGUUGUAAGAAACGAGAUAAAGAGAUAUUUUCGAAGAAUCAAAUCCUUAACAUGUUUUGAACGGUUGUGUUACCAGUUCAUUACAAAAAUUGAUAUAAAAAUUAUCAGCCACAUUGAAUUGUUAUUUGUCCGUUCGGAAGUUGUUCCCAAUGUAGUGGUUGACAUGGGUAUUUAUAUUUUCCCCAAGAAACAUUCUACAGCAUCUGGAGACUUUGAAAAGUGUGAUCUAGUCUAGAGAGUUACUACUACAAAAGCAACAUGGCCACUAUCUUCAAUUACCACCUAAUUGUGGUUCUUACAGCCGAUUUACUAGCCACGGCAGGCGACGUAACGUACUCCUGGACAUCUCCAAUCUACCCGAAACUGUACUCCAACGAUUCCUCCAUCAACCCGCUUGGCACGCCAAUAACACCCGAUGAAGACUCCUGGUUAGGAUCACUGGCCACCGUUGGGGCUCUCCUCUGCUUUCUGCCAUACGGAUAUAUAUCUGGAAAAUUUGGAAGAAAAAUCGCAUUACUAGCUGUAGCAAUACCACACAUUAUAUCUUUUACCAUUUUUGCUUUCGCGACACACAUAUACCUUUUUUAUGCCGCCAGAUUUCUAGGGGGGAUCGCUCUUGGAGGUGGCUACUUCUUGCUACCUAUGUACAUAUCUGAAAUAUCAAGAGACGCGAAUAGGGGAGCCAUGUCUUUAACCCUCAAUGUAUUCUGGGCCAUCGGCAACUUCUUACCAUACGCCAUUGGACCGUUCAUGUCUAUAUACUGGUUCAACAUAACGCUCGCCCUCAUACCAACGACGUUUUUCGUGUUGUUCAUAAUAUUAGCACCGGAAUCCCCAUAUUACUUGGUGGAGGUUGGGAGGAUAAAAGAAGCGGAAAAGUCUCUCAUGUUGCUGAGGUCGUGCGAUGAGGAAGGAAUUAAAGAAGAACUACGAAGCAUCCUAGCCUACACGAACAUUGCUGAAGACAGCAACUUCUGGGAAACUAUCAAAGACAAGUCUCUCAGAAAGGCUUUUUGCGUCAGCUUGGUACUGAUAAUGACGCAAGAUUUAUCAGGAUUCACAGUCAUAACCAACCAUUUGCAAUCAAUUUUCGAGUCAGCGGGAACCAAUAUGGCGCCCGAGAUAGCCGCCCUCAUCGUCGGUCUUUUACUUUUCGUAUCCAGCUUUAUCGCACCCUUUCUGGUGGACAGAGCAGGUCGGAGACCUCUCACCAUAUGGUCUUGCCUGGGAAUGUGCGCAGCUUUGACAAUGCUAGGGGCUUUUUUCUACUUCCAAAGCAGGGAAUUCGGAACCAGAUUCAUAAAUUGGAUGCCGAUCUUUAGCCUGAUAUUUUACAUCGUAUCUUUCAAUAUGGGAAUCUGUGCCAUGCCUUGGGUUCUGACGUCGGAACUGUUUCCUAACAAAGCUAAACGGGUUGCGGUAUCUUUCGCUACUGUAUCUUGCUCCAUUAUGUCUUUCAUCACCACAAAGACGUUCAACGAUUUGGGCGAGUGGGUUGGGAAAUCGGGAACGUUUUGGUUGUUUGCUGGAUGGUGUUUAUGUUCGGCUCUGUUCAGCAUCGCUUUCGUACCGGAAACCAAAGGAAUGAGUUUUAGUGAGAUUCAGCAGAUGCUCAAUGCCGACAAAGGUGACCAGAGAGAAAUUAAUGAAGUGGAGCUAAUGCUGAUGAAAAAUGGAAAAGCGGAAAAAACUGUAGACGAGGUUUGAAGUGGUACUUAGGAAUUGCUGAUAUUUUUUGGACCGUCUUCAAAGUCCUUAGUGAGUUGCAGCAAUGCUACUUGAAGGACGGUGAUAAUCACGAGAUAAUUUCAACUCAAUUUUUCAAACCAUGUUGAUCGAUAAAUGCAGAAUGCGAUCAUUUGAGGAAUGAUAAAAAAAUAUGGGCAUUCAUUGACGUCAGAUGAGUAGUCAAUCAGAAACAGUUCACAACUCAUUCUCAUAUAUGUUUCUCAAUUAUCUCUGAAAAUAGUCACUUAUAGGUAGUAAUAUAAUGAAUAUGAAAGAUA